CAUAGCAAAACCCUAAAUCAAAACCAUCGAUCAGUUCCAAUUAAUCAAAAAAUCUCUUAAACCCCUGAAACCCAAUUUCUCAAAAACCCUAAAAUCAAUCAUCCAUGAAGACAAUCUCAGGCAAGCUUAUUUCUUCAACUCCGGUCUCAAUCUCAAAAGCCGCCGCCAUCCUCUCCAAAUUCGCCGCCUCCGAGAACGGCUCUUCUCAAGCCGUCACCGCUUAUCUCCGACGCGCUACCGCCGCUUUCGACGAAUUAGCUCGUCCACAUUCAAAGAAACAAAAAUUAGAUGUCUCAGUUAAGGAAGAGAUGGAAAAUGGUGUAAAAGAUGAGGGUAAAAUUGGAAAGAUGAGAAUAAAAGAGGAGAAGAGGGAGAGUGAGAGUAAUUCAAUUGAGAGUCACAAGGACAAGAAGAAGAAGAAAAAGAGAGAAAACGGCAAUCUUGUAAAUAUUGGAGAAAAUGGGGGCAAAGUGGUAAUUGAGGAGGAAAAGAAGAAGAAGAAGAGGAAGAGUAGAGAGGAUGAAGAGGAAAGUAAAAGUGAAGCAGAGGGUAAAAAGAAAAAAAAGAGGAAGUUUAGGUUAAGAAUUGUUUCUACAAUUGUGGAGUGGAACUGUGAAGAUGGACCAGGAAGUGAAAAGGAAAGUAGUAGCUGGCCUUUGUUCUCAUCUUUUUCUUCUUGUGAAACAAGUUUUUUUUUUUUUUUGGCCAAUUCUUUAGGCAUGGACCAUGGUGAUGUUGCUAAAUAUUAGUAUAUCGUUGCACAUUUAAUCUUUGUCCAAAUUUAGGACAAAAGUUUCUAUAUUAUUGACCACUGUGAAAUUUGACCCUUCCUAUACAUUAUAUGCCUAUACGAGCUACCUUAGUGAGACAAGUAGUCGAAAUGGUUUAGUCAGCUAAGAGAAUACUUCUUAUAUAAUGAAUAAGGUGGUUUAGGUUGACAUCUGGGAAUCUUGGAUCCUAUUAUUAGAAGGAUAUAGUUGAACUUGAACAUGAUAUGUCAAUCAGGAAAACCUUGCAGGCUAUGUAUGACUAUUAGAAUUUAAAUGCAAAUAUUACUAUCAAACUUGUGUAUAUGCAGCAGAUAAAUUUCUGUUGAACGACGGUUCUGCUGGCAUGGUUUUGGACUUCGUUUUUUGCUUCCUUCAUUGGUUUGUAAUUCUUUUGGGGGAAAUGAAUUAUUAUUCUUUUUGGCAAUUUAUGAAGUUGGCCAGCUGAUAACAAGGCCAGAAUUGGGCAUUCUUAGAAAAGGACCUGACUGUUAGACUGACUAAUAAAUGGCUUAGCUUUAUAGUUUCAUUCUUUCAAAUGGUCCGGAGUAACAUUUUUUCUUUCAGCUGCCUCUUCUUUUCCUUCAUUCGUGAUUGUCGUUGAGUGGGACGCCGUGAAGGAAAGUUUAAUGUUUUGCUGAAAUUCGCUUUAGCAUCUUGGUCAUUAUUCUUUUCUUGAAAUUGGGUUUCCCCUUCUCUUUACCUUUGUUUAUUUUAACAAAAAUAUGGUC